CAUGUCAUUUUGUUGAUGUUGUUGUUGGUGUAUAAUUCACAAAUUCUCAAUCCCACCCAUGGUUAGGAUCCAUAAUCAUAACUAGCCCGACCCGAUUCUCCUAACGAAACCGCAACGGUAAUACAGUUACAUGUGCGUUUAGCAAUUUCAAACAAACGUUCUUCUCCCUCUUCUUCAUAAACCCUAGAUAAAUAGAAACAUCGAAUUGAAUCCUAUUUCGCUCGUAAUUUCAAUGCAAAUUCUCCAAAAGUAGGGUUUAUUAUUCUUCUCUGUAGCCAUGGUUGGACAAUCCAAGGCCGCAACUUCGCGCGAAAAGCUUUCAAGUCUCGUCCAUAGAGCCAAAUUGGCCAUUGAUAUACCUUCAAAGCUCGAAGCAUUGCGGAAAUUGAAAAUUGAACUUCCUCAAGAAGAUCCAGUUCUUCUCACUGAGUUCCUCCCUCCGAUUUUCGACUUCCUCUCUGAUGAUUUCAGUCCUGUUCGUAAAUUCGUCACCGAGAUGGUUGGUGAAAUUGGAUUGAAGAACACUGAAUUCUUGCCUGAUAUUGUGCCUGUGUUGAUUGAUGUCUUGGAUGAUGAUACACCAGCUGUUAUUCGUCAAGUUAUUCUGUGCGGAAUUGAUUUGUUUCGAUCCACACUUGAGAAAAUCACGAUACAGGGUCUAUAUUCUAGUGAUUUAGACAGCGCACUUGAAUCUGCAUGGGAGUGGAUGGUUAAAUUCAAAGAAAAAGUAUACUCAAUAGCAUUUCAAGAUGGAAGGGGUGGAGCAAAGCUUCUGGCACUGAAGUUUGUUGAAGCAGUGAUUCAUCUUUACACACCUGAUCCUAAUGGUUCCUCAGAGCCCACUUCCCAUCAAGGAAAGCCACCGGAAUUUAAUGUAUCAUGGCUGAGGCGGGGUCAUCCUGUACUUAAGUAUGGAGAUUUGUCAAUUGAAGCCAGUCAUAGUUUGGGUCUCUUGCUUGAUCAACUCAGAUUUCCAACUGUGAAGUCUCUUAGUAACUCAGUAAUCAUUGUGCUAAUUAAAAGCCUUUCAGCCAUUGCAAUAGACAGGCCUGCAUUCUAUAGCCGAAUAUUGCCAGUUUUGCUCAGUUUGGAACCCUCAAGCUCUGUUGUUAAUGGGGUCUGUGUGUCAGCAGCACAUCUUGCUCUAAAGAAGGCCUUUCUUACGUGCACAAAAUGUACACAUCCAAGUGCUGCCCCGUGGAGAGAUCGGUUGGGAGGUGCCUUGAAGGAGAUGCAGUCCGAAGGGAAGGCAGAUCAAGUGUUCCACGCAAUCUCUGCAAGUAAUGGAAGUAUCUUACAGAGAGCGGAGGAUUAUCAAUCAGUUAUCAAGGAAGAGGAUGCUGCAGUAAAUUCAUUUGAUUCAGGGCACGUUAAUUUGGUAAGGAAACGGUCAGGAUCAGAAAAUGGAGGCGAUUUAACUGGAGAUGCAGAUGUCCCUGGUAAACGUGUUAGAACAACAACCGAAGGUUUCAAAGAACCUAAAAAUGAGUUAGAUGAAAGUACUGCUAACACACUGGAUGACUCUCCUUCAGCUCUACCAGCAUCUUCAAAAGGAGAUGAGGAAAAUGGGCCUGUACUGCAGCUUGUUGCCAUGUUUGGUGCUUUGGUUGCUCAAGGUGAAAAGGCUGUUGCGUCUUUGGAAAUUCUUAUCUCCAGUAUUUCUGCCGACUUACUAGCUGAAGUAGUGAUGGCAAAUAUGCGUAACCUACCUCCAAAUUGCCCUAAUGCUGAAGGAAACGAUGAACAGUUGCAUGACAUUAGUAUAUUUGGUUCUCAUGACAAGGCUAAAUAUCCACCAUCGUUUGUGGCUGGUGUUAUGUCACUUUCUAGUACUUUCCCGCCUGUUGCUUCACUUCUUGAUGCUCAUCAAUCAGUGUCCAAUGACUUAGUGAAGUCUCAUGGGGAGGAAGAAAUUUCUACAACUGGAGUAGAUAGUAGUGCUAUGCAUUCUGGCAUGAUUCUUUCAUCUCAAAAUGUACCAUCGCCUACUGAUUUUCCGUCUUCUGAUACCUGUAUACCUGGAGUGGAGAAUGUCAGCACAUCUGUGCCUAUUGACAUAGAUGAUGAUGGCAACUUAGAGAGUGGAAUCCCUGGCCUGGAUUCUUUUGGUCGAAAUGAUGCAUUGUCAGAAACUUUGGCUGCUUCCUCAUUAGCUUCCAGUGAUUUACAAAUAGAAGAGGAGCAAGUUACGAGUUUGGAUAAAAGGUCACCCCUGAACAUAGUUCCAUCAACAUCGGCAGAUAGGUCUGAGGAGCUGAGCCCAAAAGCAGUUGCUACAGAUGUCAAUAGCUUGGUGUCCUCAACUGCUACUUCAGUUGUGUUGCCUACUCGCUUAGUCUUGCCAAAGAUGAUUGCUCCAGUUGUUGAUCUUGCAGAUGAACAAAAGGAUCAUUUGCAAAUAUCAUGUUUUAUGCGUAUCAUUGAUGCAUAUAAGCACAUAGCUACAGCUGGAGGCUCAAAAGUUCGAUUUUCGAUACUUGCUUAUUUAGGAGUUGAGUUUCCUUUGGAAUUAGACCCGUGGAAAUUAUUACAAAAGCAUAUUUUGAUUGAUUACUCUAGUCAUGAGGGACAUGAGUUGACGUUGCGUGUCCUCUACAGGUUAUUUGGUGAGGCUGAAGCGGAGCCUGACUUUUUUUCUUCCACAACUGCAGCUUCUGUAUAUGAAACAUUCCUCCUAACAGUGGCAGAAGCACUAAGAGAUUCUUUUCCACCUUCGGAUAAAUCGUUAAGUAAAUUGCUUGGUGAAUCUCCUUAUUUGCCAAAAUCAGUUUUAAAAAUUGUAGAGAACAUGUGUUCUCCUGGAAAUGGGGAUAAAGUUGAAAAGGAAUCGCACACAUUGAAUGCGGAUAGAGUUACUCAAGGUCUAAGUGCUGUAUGGAGUUUGGUUCUUCUAAGACCUCCCAUUCGAGAUACUUGUUUAAAAAUUGCUUUACAGAGUGCAGUGCAUCACUUGGAAGAAGUGCGUAUGAAGGCAAUACGGCUGGUGGCAAAUAAACUUUAUCCUUUAUCAUCCAUUUCUCGGCAAAUAGAAGAGUUUGCAAAGGAAACGUUGUUCUCAGUGAUGAGUGAUGCAUCUGAGGCUACUGAUGCUGAAGGAUCCGUUGCUGAUUCACAAAAGGGACCUGAUAUUGAAAAGCUGACAAAUGAACCAUUAUCUUUGAGUGGCAAUACUAAGGAUGUCUUAGAUAAUCGGCAAUCAAGCACAUCUGAGGGCACCUCACCAGUUUCAGUUUCUGAGGCUCAGAGGGGCAUGUCAUUGUAUUUUGCUUUAUGCACAAAGAAACAUUCCCUCUUUCGCGAAAUAUUUGUCAUCUAUAAAAGCACAUCAAAAGCAGCAAAGCAGGCUAUUCAUCGUCAAAUUCCCAUACUAGUGCGUACCUUAGGUUCAUCUUCAGAUCUCCUUGAAAUUAUAUCAGAUCCCCCGAAUGGAAGUGAGAAUCUCCUAAUGCAGGUGUUGCAUACACUUACAGAUGGUACGAUCCCUUCUAAGGAUUUGAUAUAUACUGUGAAAAGGUUACAUGAUACAAAACUUAAGGAUGCAGAGAUUCUUAUUCCAAUAUUGCCAUUCCUAUCAAAAGAUGAGGUAAUGCCGGUUUUUCCCCACAUUGUUAAUGUUCCUUUGGAGAAGUUCCAAGGAGCACUUAGUCGGGUAUUGCAGGGAUCGUCCCAAUCUGGUCCGGUGCUUACUCCAGCUGAAAUAUUGAUUGCAAUUCAUGGAAUUGAUCCUGAAAGAGAUGGAAUUGCCUUAAAAAAGGUAACUGAUGCAUGCAAUGCUUGCUUUGAGCAGCGACAAACUUUUACUCAAGAAGUUCUUGCCAAAGUUUUGAAUCAAUUGGUUGAGCAAAUUCCUCUUCCUUUACUGUUCAUGCGUACAGUAUUACAAGCAAUAGGUGCUUUUCCAACACUGGUGGACUUUAUCAUGGGUAUUCUUUCCCGCCUCGUCAAGAAGCAGAUAUGGAAAUAUCCAAAGUUGUGGGUGGGAUUCUUGAAGUGUCUGCAAUUGACGAAACCUCAAUCAUUUGGUGUUCUGCUUCAGCUACCUCCACCACAAUUGGAAGCUGCAUUAAAUAGAAUUGCUGCACUGAAGGCACCAUUGAUUGCUCAUGCUAGCCAGCCAGAUAUACAAUCUUCACUUCCCAGGUCUGUGCUGGUUGUUCUCGGCAUUGUUUCUGAUUCUCAGGUUUCAAGUCAGACACAAACUAGCCAAACACAAACUGGUGAGACAAGCAACUCAGAUAAGGACACAAUGACAGAAAAAUCUAAAGAAUCAUCUACAGCAAGCUAAACUAAAAUAAUCACGGUAGUUGAGUGGUGGAAUCUACUGGUCAAUUGUGACACUCUCAAGUUAAAUUAUAGCGUAGAUCUUUCUUACACUUGCUGCUAAAAGUUAUCUCAAGACAAGGGAAUGAAAAGUCAGAGUUGAUGAAUUUGCCAUGUUCAAAUGGCUGAAGAGUUGGGCCAUGUGUCAAGGGUUUUGUACAUUUGCAUCAGGCAACAACAACCUGGCUUGUACAUUUGUAGGUGGAAUGAUGUAUAUUAGAAUGGUAUACGAAGUAUCAUUAUCUCAAAUGGGUCUCAAUUUUGGAUCUCUGUUAAGCAUAGUGUUAGUUAAUAUUAGAAAUGUAUACAUACAUGAUAUAUUAAUCCCCAAGUCUUGAGAAUUAUGUAUCUAGGGUUUAGACAUGUAUUUUUGAGUAUUUACUCAUCCCUCUGUAAUAAUAUAUUCAUUUUGUUUGUUUACUUCAUUUUUUAAAACUGCAACACUAUAAACAGUAAAUUGGACAGAA